AAUUAGUCUCAAGAUGUUUGCUCUUGUUCCAUUUUUGGUAUGGAAAAAUAUUCAGAAUAGCUGAAUUUUUGCAAAAUGGAAAAUCUGAUUCCUUCUGUCCCCCAUUCACUCAUUUACUCUAGGGUUUUGCAAAUUGUUUUUAGGAUGCUUAGGAGCAGGGAUGUUGGGGAGGCUGCCUUGUCCUGUUCAUCUUAAGCUGGACCGUUAUUCUGGGGCUUCCUAGAGAGCAUUUCACAUUGUUGCUCCAAAACUACUGGGGAUGUACUAACUUGUUAAGCCUCAUAAUUACACAGUAGAUGAAGUAAAACUCUGUUACGUGAAAUACUUUGUAUUGUUCUCUGGCAUUGUUUAUUUGACAGGUUUUUCCUGUUUUGUCUUAUUUCUGAGGAAAAAUGCAGUCCCUGCAGGAGCUGAUUUUUUUUCACAGGCAAGGUGGCAACAUCUCCAUGACUGCCAGAGCUGUGUGCAUUGGGGAUUUGCAAAUAUAACAGAUUGCCCAAAGAGCUCCAUUCUGUGGUUUUCAGGAGCACAAAUGCAUUAAUAUAUGUAUAACAUCAGUUAGAGAUGGGGCUAGCUACUGUUUACUAGGGGUAAAUAGGAAGUAAUGAAAACAAAAAUUACCAUAAAUUCUUUUGAAACAGAAAAGACAUUGACAUGGAGUCCAUAAUACCUGUAAGCACUUUCAACCAGUACUGAGGAAAACUGUGUAGGAAAUCUGUAAGAUACUCUUGUGUCUGUCACACAUUCUGAAGGUCCUUUUCUAAUCCUAGCACCUUGUCCCAGUGAGAAGGUAUGACUUCUUUCCAUGGAGAAAUGUCAGGUUUCCUGUGUUAGGUGAUAGCAGCUUGCUACUGUGAAUAGAUUAAGACUUUUCGCUAAAUUUGAAAGUGGGUAAUUUCUCCCUGAGAAUAUAAAUCCCUGAAUAUAUGUUCUCGGUGUGUAUAUCUGAAAAUUUCAUACUUCUCUGUUGAGGCUGCUGUUGAAGAACAUGGGUGUCUCCCUGUUUGUAGAAUGGGAAACUGAGGUACAGGAAAAUGGCAUUUCAAAGGUUGUUGAAAACACACAAAUUGAAACACAAGACUUAACUCCAAAUCGUUUGGUUUAACUAGUAGCUAUAGCAGCUUCCUAAACAAAGCUCAGCAAAAGUGCUAGAAGCAGCUGAUUCAACGUGAAACAUUCUGAGAUCCUCUGGUCAGGAAUAUUGAAAAAGCAUGUAGUAUAGUCUGGUGGAAAGGAAAUGGAGGGAGAAGCAGAAGUUGAGGUCAUACUGCUUGUUACUGCAUAACUUCUUGCUGAGGCUCUGGCAGCCUGUCUGUAGCCUUGGUCAAUAUUGCUGUUCCCACUCUUCUGAGGGCUGAUGGUGGAGGCAGAAAACAAGCUGCUUCCUUGGAGAGUUCAAACCUCAAAAUUCUUAUGGCAAGAUCCCAUGGCAGUUUACAGAAGUGGUAAAGGGGGUCUAAAACAAGAGGUACAGAUAACGGAUGUGUGGGUUGAGGGUAACCUAGAUCUCUGCAUCCCCACUGGUAGUGGGGACUCUGCAGUUUUGCUGGCAGUGUCAUAAUGUUACAUGGUGCCAAACAGUGAAAGGCAAAUUUAACCUUGAAAAGAGAUGCAGGUUUCUGGCUUAAGAGUGUAAAGCAGGACGAGGUUUUUGGAUAAGGUGAUGAACUUGACAGCAUGUCUUUUAAGAUAUCUUUUUACAAUCUGUACUUUAUUCAGCAUCUUGGAGAUGUUCUAGGGAGUGAAGAUGUAGGAAUCCCUUUGGCCUUGUAAUUUGUGGAUCUGCUUAUCCCCACACAUCAAGAAAUGGGGAGUGGAGUUGUUUUCCAGCAUUGUAAAUGUGCUUUUAAUACCUGUCUGCUUGGUUAAGACAGUAACUGUGCUUGGAUCGAGUGUUUCAGGGCUGCUGGCAGGCAUUGCACUGUGUCCAGGAGGGGUGUUUCUUCUCAUGACGUAAUAUUCAGAUUAAUUUAAUUUUUGCCUCCCUCCAAAGUGUUAGAAAUGAACUGCAGUUGGGGACUGAGCGUGCCAGGGAGAAGGUAUGAAGGGGGAGUGAUGGGGAGGAGAGGAGACUGUGCACUCUUCCUUAGUGUGGGGGAACCCCCAACUUUUUGCUAUCAUCACAUACUUUGAUGGCAAAUCUUAUGUGGAUCCUCAGCAUCGUACUUAUUGCAGAGUCUGGGGUCAGGCUUUGUAGAUUUCUCUUAUUUUUGCAGAAUGGGAUCAGUCACUAAGUGUCAUCUCUGUGAGACUUUUCUGAGGAGUCCUUUGCAAGUUUUGGAGUUGGCCUCACUGGCUGUGGUGUGCUUUCUUGUGCUCCUUGUUCAUGGUAUACAUAUCUGCUCUCCUUAGACUAAAGAACUUCUGUCCUUAUCUGAGUUGUUGAGCUGUGUUGCAAGAAACUGCAUGAAAUUUUAAUGAAAUGAUCUGCAGGAGAUUUGACUAGGUUUUAGGCAAAAGAGUCCUUUCUGUUAAGCUGUCUGACAACAGAAGGAAGUUUUUCCUCAUGGAAGAUAAUUGGAAAGCAUCCUGAAAAAGCCUUUAAAAAGUAGAAAAUAUAUUGAGGAGGCUUAAAGAGUGGUGGUAUGGAGGAGACUUUGUUCUGAUGGUGAAAUCAUAGAAGUAAAAUUUUAAAUGGAAAUUUUAUUGUUGCAAAUUUUACCUUAGGAUUCUGUGUUUCUGGAUUGCCUUCAACAAAUGCCAUGCUUAAGAAAAUGAAAUUAAGUUGUGUUGUUUUGUUUCUUUUUUCAGUCUUAGCCUGCUAUCACAUGGUAAGAGAGGUAACAACAUGGCUAAUUAAAGGGAGCAGCAGUGCUCCAUUCCUUAGGGCUAAUUAUUCUCUAGAAAAUGGGUCAAUUACUUAAAGAAAUUGUUUGCCAGCAGGAGGUAGGAAAAAGCCUUUAUUCCCACUCCUCACCAUCCUUUUUCAAGAAGCACUUCCUAACUCCAUAGCAGUUGCAGUUCCUUGUUAAGCUCUCAGAGCCAUGUCCUGCAGAUGGGGAAAUGGCACCCAACUAAACUUGUAUGUGGUCACUUCUGUCCUGUGUGUUCCUGUGUAGCUGCAGAUGAGGCAGUGUCCAGUGGUGCUCCUGGGUUGUUCCUGGGGUGAAAGAAAUGAACAAUACAAGUGGGAGUUCUAUUUCAAAACAAGAUUUGCUUGAUGUGAAAGGUGAGGAAGUAUGGUAUAUUUCCUUAAUUCUUUUGAGAGAAGUUUGAUCAUCUAGUUAGCUAAUGUUUUCCAACAUAAAAGGUACUACCUGCUUGUGGCUUGCUUGGUACAGGUUUAUAAAUGAUCCCUUCUCAGAUCUGCUUCCUGUAUGUGUUUUAGCAUUCUCUGGUGGCUUUAUCACCUGACUGUGCUGCUUGCUUUACCUCUGCAGGCUCACUACAGACUGGGUGAGGGAGCAGAGGGCUGGUUAACAGUGUACGUCAGAAAUGAACUGGUCUGCUUUUCUCAUUUCUGUUGCAAUAUGUGAGGCAGAAGUAUCCAGAUGGUUCCUGAGAUCCUAGGCAAGGUGGCUGUGCAGGCAACUACAAAAAGUCUUUGAAAGAAAGCCAGACUGGGCAAAGGCUUUGGCUCUGCAGGAGCAGAUUACCAAUACCUGUGCCAAUUCAGAACAACGCUCUCUUUCUGGUUACUCAGAGCACUACAUUCCUGGUUGUAAGUGAUACACCCAAUAAUGUCUACUGUGAGCCAGAGCUUAUGCACCUUGCAGUCCACCUAAAAUGAGUGUAAAGGGCUUUGCAGGUGCAUGCUGCUCAUUAACAUGUCCUCAGAGGCGAAAUAAAAGCUAGACUGCUUUAGAGAUGUGUUCGUAGGCAUAUCUGAAUGAGCAUACCUAUCAGUUACUGGGUCAGAGGUGUCUAAUCAUUGCAUAAAAGAGGGACGUUCUCUGUUACCCUUUCUUUUGUUCUGGAUUAUUGUUUGUGUCAGUGCACAAGACAUCACCACAACCUUAUUUCAAAACUCCCCCGCCCUCACAUGCUUCUGUCAAAGCUGGAUUAAACGAGUGAGGGAAUCUUCCCUACCACAAAUGCUGUCUUGCUUUCAUUGCAUAAGAUCCAAGCAUUAGUAGUCACUAGGUGAGUUGAUAGCAUGGAGUGGUGAAGCUGCUGCUUGACUUCUUCCUUGCUGGGUCUUUGCUCUCUGGUGUGUCAUUUAUUGGACGUAGCCUGUAUGAAGAGCUUCUGUGGAGCACCUCUCUGUCCUGUUUUCAUGAUUCUGCUGGGAGCAUGAUGAAGUACUUCUGAAGGGGGGAGCUCUCUUUAGCACAGGUAGCUCUGGCAUAGUGCUGUGUUUAUUGUGAAGUGCCUUCUGGGGAUGGGGAGUCUGUUUUGUUUUUAUUUCUUUCACCGAGAGUACAUGCCCAGAUGAUGAUCCAACUCAUUUGGCUCCUCCAGCCUGAUUUGGACUGAGAAAUCUUGGCUGGGGCUUUGCAGAGCUCUAGGCAGUCAUUCCUCUCUGUUUGCGGCAGAGUAUUCCUGAUGAUGGUAGUAUAUUUGGCUGUUUCCUCUCCUGCUAACUGACCUAGCAAAGCUGUAUUUGCUUAACCCAUGGGACACUUGGAGCCACGUAUUUUCUUUAUAUUUUGUGUCAGCAGAGACUUAUGGUAAGUAUUCUUCCAGUAAGUUCUAGAGGAAGAGUUAUUUUCUUUUGUAAUUUCUGGCGUUUUUAAGAUAUGGAUAGUUUCCCCUAGUGGUACGGUAGAUGCCAUGUGAUUUGGUUUAUAUUGAUCCAACAGUUCUUUCCAAGGCACACCUCACAAUUAAACUUUUAAUUGGAAGUGGACUUGUACAGGAGCUUCAGGAUGUAGGGCAGAGUUUAUAAAAAUGCUUGAAUGUCUUACUAGGGAGAGAAGAGCUGCUGUGAAGGUAAUGCAAUAAUUCCUUAGCAAUAUUGAGCUUGGCUGCUGUUGCUUUCGGUUUUUAUUUAGUGCUUAAUACUUUACCAUGGAGAAGAGAUACUUUCCAAACCAUCAGCCUCAGCCACUUGAGCUGACAGAGGUUAGUUAGCAUGGUAUUAGGAGUGCCCUGGGCGGCUAAGCCAUUUCCUGUGCAGUGGAAUACUUAGGUGCAUAUAGAAAGAAGGCAAUUCAUGAUGUUAUAUUAUGUUCCCUUAUUAAAUUGUUGAUGUACAAAAGGUCAACUUCUAGAAUCCAGGUCCUUCUCUUAGUUACUCCGCGUUGGGGUGUGCUGCCUUGUGUGUGAGGCAGUGGGAGUAGGUUUUUUGUUUUAUUUUUUUUUCCCCAGCUACAUAUCAGACAGAGAAAGUGGGAAAGUGUCCCAUUCUGAUGCGAGAAAUGUACUUUCCUUGGUUUGAGAAACAAGGACUGGACAAUGUCAUGACAAUGAUGAACAUUUGCUAUGCUUAAGGACCACAGCUUAGCAAUGUUUGGAGUACUAAAAAGCUGUAAGUGCUAACACCAGCAUUUCCACUGCAUCUUUCAUUUGAGAAUCUUUCUGUUCUUAAUGAAUUUUCACUGUGUCUGUGUGAGGCUGGUAUUAUUAGUGUCAUUUUGCAGACAAGUAGAUAAAGAAAAAAUGCUUGUAUAAGCACAUUCAGCAAGCCAGGAAAGGCAGGAAUAAAAUUCAGGAAUACUAAUGUUUCAACCUGGUUUUGAGCUACUAUCUUGGACUUUUUUUUCCAGAAAAGAAAAACAAGAAUUAUGGUGUCUUUCCUGCCCCCAUCCCCCUCUUUUUCCCAUUGGGUUAGGCUGCAUAAAAGCAAGAUAUUAUUAUGCAACAUAUCUAAGUGUGCAUGUGAUACUUGAAAAAAUGGUAAUCAGAUAAGUUGCCAGGCAACAGUACCCUGCCUUCAAUUACCAAAAAGCCAGUGAGUAUGCUUUCAUGAUAUAACAUGGGUUCUGUACUUCUUCAUAAAGAAAGUGUAGGUGGAGUUUUGUAAGAGUCGCUCCUUUUAAACUCAUCUCCUGCUUAAUCUGCCAUAUCGUGAAGUCAGAUUUGACCCCAGUUUUACCAAACCUGAAAUCAACAACGAAGUUAGAUGAGCUCUCAAAGAUAAUGAAUGGUAUGUGAGCAUAUAUGAGUAAAUAACCAUUCCCUGUGAUGGUCUGUGAGUGUUUGAUGGUUCAACAGCUUACAACAGGUAGGUCAGAGCUCAUCCUUGGGACCGUGAAAAUUAAGAAAAUGAGUGAGAGAAUUAUAUUAAAAGGUAGAUGACAGGAAUACAUGGCAAGCUGUGAGAAGUAUUAAAACACAGUAACCCUUUGGCCCAAAAAUAUUGAGUGCCGUGGUAAUUCAUGAAAAUGUGAAUGUAAAUUCAGAUGGUUCAUUUUCAUUGCCUGAGCAGAAGCAGAAUGGAAGGAACAUAAGCAGCGAUGAGUGUACACAGAAGAAAAAGUGAUAGUCUAAGAAUGGAAGACAGCAUGAGGGAAUUCAGUUGUGUGUUUGUUCAAAACUCGAGUUUAAUUUAUUUUUUAAAGAUAUUGCAAGAUAACAACAGCAAAAUAUAAAGACUAUUAGAAGUUAUCUAAAUUAAUUUUUGAUUUUGGCAAUAAAUAGCCAUGGAAGCAUUUGCAGAGACUGUAGUUGUGUGGGGAUGCAGACAUCUGCCCAAGCCUCUUCAGCUGUUGUGUGGUGGCAUGGCUUUUAAAAGAAAUCUGAAACUCCAGAGGUCUAAUGUGCUUCUCAGGGCUUUGACAGAAGUUUUCAGUAGAGACAGGGGACCCACCUAGAUCUAUCUGGGAAAGGAUGCACAUAAUCUUGAAAUCACUUGUUUCCUUGGGUAACUGCAAGUUGUUGCUUUACAGAGUUGGUUUUCCAAUUAUUUUUUUUUGUUGUUCCAGAAGGAGCAAAAGGCAUUUGCAUUUCAGGAGAUGAGGGGCUGUGUCCUACAGGUUCCUCUGCAGUAUUUCAGUCCAGUGUAGGAGCAGGUUCAGAAGUCCUCAUCAAGAGACAUGGUGAUACUUAAGUUAAAAGGGAAAUCUGCAUUAUCCUCUGUGUAAGUCCUGCCAAAACAGGGUGAGUGUCUGAGAAGACACAUACUCACUUUCUGUUUCCAAAUUUGGCACCUUCUUCCCAGGAGAAUCCCAGAUAAGCCACGGAGCAAUGUUGUACCUUGAUUUUUCUGUUGCACAGGUUAUCACUGGUUAGUUGCCUGAGCUUUCUUUGUAGACAACCAUAGAAAUAAUGAAGGGAUCUAAAUACUAAAAUAGACAGUUGAAGGAACGCACAACUAACCACUUUCCAGUUAGGAAUUUGCUUUUCUUUUUGUUUGCUUUUCUUUGUAUUCUCAUUUGAUGAGCAGUACUGCUAGAUUAUGCUCAUGUGCAGUCCCAGCCUGCUGACAUCAGGAAUGUUGGUGUCUGUAUUAAAGGAACAGUCAGAGCAGGAAGUGCUGUUUUGGGAAGUCUGCAAUUUUAGUUUUUAACUACUUUUGUAUAUGCAAGUGGAUGUUCACACUACUCUAACCAUUUUUUUGUUUGAUUUUCCCUUACUACAAACACUAUACAUUUCUAAUCAUUAGUAUUUUGACACAGAAAGUCCAUUUAUAUAUAAAACAAAAAACAAACCCCCUUUUCUGAACAGCUUAAGCUUUGUAUUAAUCAUGUGAGACUUAAGGUCGAAUCUUCAGCUCUACUGCUCUGCUCACGUGUAUUAUUACAUAGUCUUUACUAAUGAAGAUUUUCUUCAAUCAGUGUUUUCUUUGAAGUGUAGAUGUAUUUGUAACCAAAGGUAUGCUUUCUCCAGCACUUUGAGUUCAAAGUGAUGAAGUAUUUUGUGAAAAGGGAACUUCUUCCUGCUGGGCUGUGUGCUGUGAGCCAAAUCUGAGAGAUAAUGAUACAGCUGAAAACUAGCAGGCUUUAGGGUAGCAUGGGGUAGCAUUCAGAGGGCUGAUGAGUUCCUUGGUCUGGCUCCAGGUGAAGCCCCAUGGGUGGCCUGAGCACUGGUGCCAGGGAAAGGGAUGGACUGAGCAGGACUGUGUUAUCAUAAAGUUAGGUUGGCUUGACGCCUUUUGUAAUGUUCAUGUUUCUGCAUUAAGGAGUUGUGAAUGUGUUGCCGUUGCUUAUUUUGUAUGAUUUUGUUCCUCACUCUUUUACAUAUCAAAUUAUAGACAAGUACGUCUGACUAUGUAAAAAGCAUUCUCAGUGUUCUUGUGGUUCUAGGGAAAUGCCUUUUGAAAUUUUGUUUGCAUAUGUCUGAUAAAUAGUUCAGUAGAAAUCUGUGGCAAAUAUCCAACGGUGGCAAAAUGCAUAUAAGGAAAAUGGAUUAUGUGCAAAUAAUUGAUGUGACAACAAUUUAUACCAAAGCCAGACAACAAACAAGUUCUUUCCCAGUCUGAUAUACAAAUAUGUAGCUAGUAAAAUAGCAACUGUUUCUCAUGAUAAGAGAGACUCCAAAGUAGAUGCAAGCUUCAAUUCAUAGGCAGAAGGUGCUAGAUGUGUCUCAAUAAUACCCAUAUUACAUUGAUUUAAUUAGUGAGUUUAUGCCAUUCAUUGCUCCAUUAAUCUCAUUGGGAAGAUAUUUUGGGGAGAGGAUUAGUUAUUUAAUUUGCAUUUUUAAUUGGAGUGGUUUUGUAGUUCAGUGUCAUCUAAAUAAAAGCAGUGUAGGUUUGUUUUGUUUUGUUUAUUAAGGAAAACAUGUCCCUUGAAUUCUUCUUGGAUUUUGGUGCUCAAAAAUGCUGAGGUUCAUUAGGAUAACAGGAAGAACUCAUUUGUUACACAGUCUGACACAUUAAUGUCCUUGCUUUAACUUCUUCAUAUGCAAUUAAUCCAGAAAAAUGCUAUGUGUAGACAAGCCCUUGGGUUGUAAGAUCUGUGAGGCUGAUGUAAAUAAGAUGUUGGAUACUUGUGUGUUGAAGCUGUCACCUCAACGCAUGACUUCUGUGAAAAUCAGGAAUGUGGCAUCCUAAAUGUCAGCAUUUGAAGAGGAGGAGAGCCCCAGCUCCUGGGUUCGACUUGCUUGGAUCAUUCAGCUGUGCUGCCUGAGCCCAACAUGGAGGUGAAAGAAAGUCAGAUCACUGGAGCAGGGACAUCAGUGCCACUGUCCCCAGGAACAGGUUGGGGUGCUGUGUGGGUGCCAGUGGCAAGGACCUGCUUACAUGAAGUCUACACUCUGCCCUGGAAUGGGGAAGAGAGAAGAAAAAUGUGAUAAUUGGAGAAGUGAGGAUGAGAGGAGAUGGGGGAAGAUAAGGAGGCAAUGUUAGGAGAGAUAGGAUGGGGGAGGAAGGGUGUCAGCAGUGAAGCUUGCUUCAAAUUGAGACAUUGAUGGUGAAAAUAGGGGUAAAGCAAUUUCUGGCAGACGCUCCCAGGGUUAACUGACACCUCUAGACGGCUAGAUAGCAGCAGUGAACCUUUGGUCACAGACUCCAGUGAAGUUGCUCACUGUGUUUGCUGUGGCUGAGAUCCAGAAGGACAGUGAGAGCAGAAAGGCUCAGCCUCACCCGAGGAGAGGCAGCUGUCAGGGUGCCAUCCUGGGCAAGGGGCAGGUACAGGUGCUGUGUUGGGGCUCUGAAGAAGUCAGAUCUUCCAGAACCUGAGGAAGGCUGUCUGGUUGCUGUAUUAGCUGUCGGUCACACGCACCUGGGCUGAAAACAACUGGCAUCUGAAACCCCUUGGACCUGCUGGAGGCAGCCUCAUCUACCUGCGGAUGUUGUGAAUUAGGAGCUGGCCAAAGAGUGGGAGAGCUCCAGUAUCCCUCCCCAGAAAAGAGUGCUGCUGGGGUGAGUGCAGAAGAAUGGCUGCGGCAGAACCUCUGACCGCUUUCUCACGAUGGUACCUGUACGCCAUCCACGGCUAUUUCUGUGAGGUGAUGUUCACAGCUGCCUGGGAAUUUGUGGUCAACUUCAACUGGAAGUUCCCAGGUGUUACCAGUGUGUGGGCACUCUUCAUCUAUGGCACCUCCAUCCUCAUUGUGGAGAAGAUGUAUCUGUAUCUCAAAGACAAGUGUAACAUUUUAGUGCGCUGCUUCAUUUACACGCUGUGGACAUACCUCUGGGAGUUCACCACUGGCCUCAUCCUACGCCAGUUCAAUGCCUGCCCAUGGGACUAUUCCCAGUUUGAUUUUGACUUCAUGGGCCUGAUCACCCUGGAGUAUGCCAUCCCAUGGUUUUGUGCUUCUUUCAUCAUGGAGCAGCUGGUGAUCAGAAACACCCUGCGCUUACGAUUCGAUGAGACUGCUGAGCCCGGGGCCCCCACCGCACCCGUUGGCUUGGCCAACGGCCACGUGAAGACGGAUUGAGCAGUGACUUAGAACCAUACUUAGCAAUGUGAAAGAGCCCAGACCUCUACCACGGACAGUCAGCUCUGGCUCUGAGGUACUGCUCCUUGCUGUAUAAGAUUCGUAAACCCCAUUUUUCUAAUGGGGGUGUGCAUGGGAUAUACCAGAAAAAAUGGAACCAAUAGAUUUUCUAUGGAUUUUACUCUUUGGGCUCCAAGGACCAAUAUCAGUUACUUGUUAGUUAGGUCGUUUCUGAUUUUAACUUAUUACUGAUGAAAGCAGUCCUUUUGCUUACACUUUAAAGUGGAGAAAGAAGAGAAAAGAAACGCUACAGCGGAAAUGCAUCCAAAAAAGCCCCAGCUAAUCAGUGGAUGGGCAUGGACUCGCCAGCUGAGUUAGUGAUUGGCUUACUCCAUUAGGCAAUAUUCAGGUGCUUGCUUGCAACCAAUACCUCCCUGGGACCUGAGAUGCUGCAGGAACAAGCAAAAUCCAUCUGCUGUUGAGAAGUACCUAAGACUGGCAGUCUGCUGGGGAGGUAGAUGGUGUUCCCCUCACCAGGUCCCAUUGGCCUCUCCCCAGGUUCUUUGUUGCACCAUGAAAUAAUCUGGUGCUGGACAUCUUGCUGAAUUUAUACAGAUCUUGUACUUUUUGAAAUCUAAGUCCUGAUACUCACUAGAAAUUUUUUCUUUUUUUUUCUUCUUCAUUUUUUUUUUCUAAUAAAGACCUUUAUUUGCCAAGUGAAUUUUACCAUAAUCUGUGCUAUCUGAAUCUUGGCAAAAGGCACAAGAAAUAGUGCAAGUCUUCCCAUCUCCUUUGUCCCUCCAAAGCAGAUCUUGCUGCAGAUUCCAGCUCCCAUCUCAGCCAUGCAAACCUUGUAGAGACUAUAUAGCCCACAAGACUUUUCUGCCUUCCUUUCCAGGGAUUCCUCUGUUUCUGGUGAUGUUGAUAAUUUAGUCUGGCUGCAGCCCAUUGUAUUUGAAGGUCAAAACCUUCAUGUGGCUAACCCAGGAUUUGGUCCUCUGGCACUGACUUCCAUGUUCCUUCAGCACUGGAAGGCCUUGGCUCAGUUCUGUCUUGUGUUCUGCUCAGUGUAUCAGGUGGAUUUUCUUUUUCUUCUCAAAUUCUUGUUUAAAUAACCACAGCCAUAUUGUUGUGACAGUAAUUGGAGUCAGCAAGAGAUAUACCAUGCUGUCUGAUACACUUACUAAAAAAACCCCAAAAAACAACAAAAACCAGAGCACCAGUCUCUGAAAAGCACUUCUUCAUGUUCUGCCUGAGUGAGGCUUUGAAUAGGGUGUGAGAGCAGCAGUAGAGAGGUGGAGCAGGAGGGACUGCUGUGGCUUCACUGUAGACCUACCUGCACCAGGGACAGUUUGAAAUUGGUAACACUUAUGGAGAACAAGGACAGUUGUGGUGCAGGGAAGGUGUUUGAUAGUGGCAGCCACAAGUUUGUAAUUCACUCUGUCAAGUUUUGGCCUUUGAAGUUAGCAAAGUUAGCAAGAAACAUGGAGCUUCCAGCUGUCAGAUUUCUCACUCCUGAACUGAUAUGGGGAAGGUUUGCCAGAGUUGUCCCAUAAGGCCAGAUUAAUUUUUCUUGUUCUUCCACCACAGUCAGCAGAGCUGUACCAGGGAUAAUUUGGCUUGGAAUGCAGAUCUGUUGUAGGAUUCCACUCUUAUUUUGGAAACAGUUGGGCCAUUUCUGUGUAUGUCCCUUGUCUCUGGUAGGGGGUCCUCAGUUAAGAACUUGCUCCUUGCCCUGGCACAGCCAUUCCUGAGAGAAAAACACUGCUGGCCCUGUGAGUAGAAUUGUUUCUUGGUUCUGCUCUUACAGGGUAGUGUUAAUCCUUUUUUGUAUUACACAGAGAGCAAUUAUUCUAUCCCUUCCCCUUUUCACAUGGCAUCCAUUGCUGGCAAUGGACACAUGAAAACAGUGGUGGCAAGGAAUUAAUCAAAUCUUCCCUGGGUAUGCAAUGUAUCCUGAAUCACUGAGAAUACUUAGGUGGGUAUUUAGAGUUCCAUUUUAUUAUUUCAUUAUAUUAAAAGAGAACAAACACUGAACAGAUAGUUCUUUUGAUGCUGUGAUGCCAGUGCUACAAAGUCAGAGAAACAGUAUGUAGCUUAUCAGUCUUGUUGGUCUCAGGAGUAUAGACCCAAGCAAAAUAGUCACCUGAAACUGUACAUGGAGGAGAAAAAGAGCUUUGUGUGUAGAAUAAUGUAACUGAGCUCUACUGGAGCAGAACAAGAACUGCAAGGUGCAGAUGAGAGUUGGGAUCUCACCAUUUUGGCCCUGGUUAUGUCACGAUCAUCAAAUGCAGUGUCUAAAGCUGGGUUGUCCUCUCACAGCAUAGCUUAAAUGUGAUGUUGUGCUGCCUCCUACACCACCCCCACAUCAUGUAAAACCCUCAGCUUUAUAGAAAGAUCCUUAGGAUCCCUGCUUUCUCCUUAGCUGUUACAAAACUCUUUGGAAAGGUUAAAAAGGAGCUAGCAGUGUGGUGUGGAGGACUGGCUGUCCACAGAGCUAACCUGGUGUGCAGUAGCAGUUGUGUCUGUUAUUGUCUGUACUUAAGAAGGUCCCAUAUAAAUGACCCUUUAUUUGUGUUUUGCUGAACGAUGUAAUAUUUAACUGCUCAAAAUAUGGAAGGGUUUCCCAGCAGCAUCUAGUAUCCUAGGGCAUUAUUCUUAUUGCCUGUGUCACUGAAACAGCUGUUGUAGUCUGCUUUCCACUGGUGUCUGACGUGUACCACCCAGCUACUGCAUCUUCAUAGAACGGUAAUUUAUACCCAGAAGUGCACUUUACUUGCAGCUUGCACACCAGAAACAGAAAAGGACCUGGCAAAUUCUUAAAUAAUAUAAUUAUAUAUAAUACCACAUACCUACUGCAGCAGGAUUAGCCAGAUUUCUCCUUUCUGAGCAACGUGGCUGCUGUCAGAGCUUUGUCUUUUCUGCAAAAUCUCCCUUUUUAAUACAUGUGAUGCUUCUUGUAACAUCUUGCAGAACUGCCCAGAGCACGUUACCAGGAUCUCAGUGGCAGCUCAGUGAGAGCUCGGGAGCUGGACUGAAGUUGAAGAGACAUUUACAUGAAGAAAAAAACGCACAAGGCCUAACAUUUGUUUGUAUGUGUAUCUUCCUCAGUAGAUUAAAGUUGCCUGUUUUGAGUUCACCAGCAAUAAAAAAAACUUGUGAUUUAUCUACCUUGUCCUAACUGCAGCAAAGAGAAAAUGACCUUGAUCUCUGCCUUUCUUUCCCAGGGGGUGGUGGGAUGUGGACUCCCCAGGGUUCCAGUUUUGCAUCUGUUCUUUUGCUUAUCUCAUGUGCAAUCCACCCUAAAGGAUCUCAAAGUAUUUGAUAAAUAAGUACAGAGUCUGGUGUCUGUCACACGAGAGGCAGUUCAAGCAUUACUGUGGUAUCUGUUCAUACUCCAAAGAUCUUGCCAGAGGGGCAUGUUUGAUCUACAGCAAGCCCAGAUGGCAUUUUGUUCUUUGGUGUUAUAAUUGAGAGAAAUGUGUACAUAUGUACCAGGUACUAUUGAGCCUUUGGUCUGAAUGCAUUUUGUAAUUAAAGCAGAGUAAUCCAAUCAA